AUGCGACUGUCCGGCAUCCAAUCUUCUCGCCUCUCUAACCAUGUCGCCCGGCGGUUCCGCGCUGUCCCGCCCACCCAGGACGGCGAUGUGUUCGCCAACAGCCUGCGCAAAACCCUAGAGGCGCACCGCUCCUCGAACCGGGCCCGUCUCAUCCGCAAAGUCUACCCCCGUGCGCCGUCUCCAGGCCUCUUCAGGCCUUAUAUCCCGCCUGAAAACCGAGCCGGCUACCAGCCACCGGUGUCUACACCCGAACAAUCCGUGCCUAAGAAGGCGGCAAGCAAAACGCGCUCACGCAGGCGUACCCCGGAACGCAACACUCACUCGACGGAUGCCCGGCCCGAAACCAAUGCUAUUCGGAGUGCGGGAACUGCGGGCGCUGGCCCACCCUGUCAAACUCCGUGGUUGAGCUAUCUGGCCCAAUCUGGUGCCAGGGGCGAUGGCUCAGCACACCUGGAUGCGGAGAUCCACGCGCUAGACCGCUACCUGGCUCCAAGCCCCAGCGAGCGAGAGCAGAUCAGCCAGAUUGGUGCGGAAGUUUCUUCGCUGCUAGCAUCAGUCGUCCCGCAUACGCCGCAACUGAUCGGAUCCCGUCGUACAGGUCUCGCGCUCGUCCAUUCAGACAUCGACUUCCUCCUGCCCUUUGACGAUCUCCCGCGCUCUCUAGAUCGGGCCCGGAGGCCCAGUCCGACUCGGCCUCAGAUACGGAAUGCUCACCUGACCCUCCUGCGCCAAGUUGAAGCAACACUACAGAGUACCUUGAACUUCAGUGGCCAGGUCCAGCUGUCUGGAAAGCGCAGCCUUGUCCUCGAAGCUCGGCAUCGCCCAACGGGCCUAUUGCUACAAUUCUACUGCGGCGAAAGCAUGCCAGCGUUCACCGAGUACUUGCAAGAUUACUUGGUGGAGUAUCCCUCCCUUCGGCCUCUUUAUGCAACAACGCGGGCUUUACUCGAAGCCCGCGGUCUCUUCGGAUCGUCACAGGCGGGAAUCGGGCCAGAUGCGUUGGCGAUGCUCUUAGUUGCGUUUCUGAAAAUGAACCACGGUCGCUUCCCUGGCCCGCACCGCCUCGGUGACCAGCUGCUUGCGCUUCUCCAGGUACAUGGUACUGGUGUUGACCUGCAAUCCAUCGGCAUCGCUGUCGAUCCGCCGGGCUUCUUUGAUGCAGACGCACUGCGUGCGACUGGGGAAGAGGAGCCUGCAUAUCGGCGCGGUCAACGCUCCCUGCUUAGUGCCAAGCGCACUGCUGCUGCAAGAGGAAAUCUGCCUGCUGGGCGGAGGUUGUGUAUUCAGGACCCCACCCAUUACAUGAAUGAUCUGGGUCGGUCGUGUACUCGUACGCCUGAGCUGCAGAAUGCCUUCGCUGCUGCGUAUGAACAACUCUCUGGUGCAUGUGAUAGCUGGGAGGGUCAUCGGGAGGGUAACUCCAUCCUGGCAACAGCUUUGCGGGCGAAUUUCGACCGCUUGGAGAAAAUGCGGGAACGGAUAAUGUGUCCUGUCGAAGUUGGAUCACAGCCUGCAUGA